UCUCUCCGGAGAAGACCAACUCCUCGAGGCGGAUCUCGGGGUGGUGUUGUGAACCCUCCCGAGGUGCCCGCGUUGGUCGAGUCCAGGCUUCCCGUAGAUCCAAGAUGGCAGACCAAGCGGAGAUGUGCUGAAGUUCACUUUUAACGCCGGAGCUUGCUGUCCUCCGUUCCUCCCGUCGGGUCGGUGUGUUGAGAGCGACCGCCGGGGUCCUCUGGAUCUGGAUCACAGGGUUUUCUGAUCUGCAGUGUUGUCCAGAUAUCUUUCUGGGAUGUCCUGGCUAGGUGGCCUGAGGGGGCUCAGCCCUGAAGCACAGACCACCAGCACAGACAAUUCCACUGCUGAGAGACGACGCACGCCUCUACAGAUGGACACAUCCACAUGUAGAGACACCUACACAGCUGCUUGAGAGAGAGAGACCUGACCCGGCCCAUCGGCAAACCUCUCCCUCUUCAAUCGCCUUAUAUUUGACAUUCCAUCCAUCAAACAAUCAUCCAUCCUUCCCUCCUUCCAUUCAGUCGUCUCGAGUGUAUAAUGCGCUGCAGAGCUAGAAGUGGAUGAUGCUGGCCAUGGUGACCUAGUGUAAAUGGCUAUUCCUCUGCACAGCCCAGUGCCAGUAUCUACUGCUCAAUCUUCCUCCUCUUCCCACCUCUCCUCUACCUCUCUGCUCUCCUUCCUCGUUCGUCGCUGCUGCUCUCGGCCCGGUCCCGCCUCUCCCCUCCAACACCAUGGUAGUUGCAGGCCUGGGUGUGUGGAAGUUAAUGCGAGGUGUCCGUCAGCUGGAGCUCCACCGCCUCAUCCUGGCACUUAUCAUCUUCUGCCUCCUGUCCAUGGCCUUCCUAGCUUACUAUGUGUCCAACAGCCCCAAAAUCAAGGAGGCCCCCCCUUUGCCCUUCAGUGACUGCGGCGGAGGAGGGGGGAUGUCUCCGGGAGCGAGCACCGGGGCCGACGGAGGAGGGCCCGGCGUCCAGAGGGCACCGCUUUUCCUCCCCCAGCACCAGGGCCGACUGCGGCAGGUAAAGGCGGUGGACAAUUCCAGGACGGAGCCUGUGGUUCUGGUGUUCGUGGAGAGCAUCUACUCCCAGCUGGGCCAGGAGAUCAUAGCCAUAUUAGAGUCCAGCCGCUUCCACUACCGGACAGAGAUUGCUCCUGGUAAAGGAAACAUGCCCACGCUGACGGAGCAUAACCGAGGGCGCUACACACUGAUCAUUUAUGAAAAUGUGUUGAAAUAUGUCAAUCUGGAUGCAUGGAACCGCGACUUGCUGGACAAGUACUGUGCCGAGUAUGGAGUAGGCGUCAUCGGCUUCUUCAAAGCGAAUGAAAACUCUCUCCUCAGUGCACAGCUCAAAGGUUUCCCCCUCUUUCUACACUCACACCUGGGCCUCAGGGACUACCGCAUCAACCCCAACGCUCCUCUCCUCUACAUCACUAAGCCCAACCAGGUGGAGCAGGGCUCUCUACCAGGGGAUGACUGGACCGUUUUUCAGUCCAACCACUCUACCUAUGAACCAGUGCUUUUGGCCAGCACCAAGUCCUCUGAGGCACUGGCACAUUUUGGACCCAGCCCCUCCCGGGCCCUCCACGCCACCGUGGUCCAGGACUUGGGGCUCCACGAUGGCAUUCAAAGGGUUCUCUUUGGAAACAAUCUCAACUACUGGCUUCACAAGCUGGUGUUUGUGGACUCCAUUGCCUACCUGACAGGGAAGAGACUGUGCUUGUCCUUGGACCGCCACAUCCUGGUGGACGUGGACGAUAUAUUCGUAGGCAAGGAAGGAACCCGUAUGAAGGUGUCGGACGUGGAGGCAUUGCUCAACACUCAAAGCAAGCUGAGAGCGCUGGUCCCUAAUUUCACCUUCAAUUUGGGAUUCUCCGGGAAGUUCUAUCACACAGGAACGGAUGAAGAGGAUCGGGGAGACGACAUGCUGCUGCAGCACAGGAUGGACUUCUGGUGGUUCCCUCACAUGUGGAGCCACAUGCAGCCUCACCUCUUUCACAACGUCAGCGUCCUGGCGGAGCAGAUGAGGCUCAACAAGAUCUUUGCUCAGGAGCACGGCAUCCCCACUGACAUGGGCUACGCCGUGGCUCCGCACCACUCGGGGGUUUACCCAGUCCACAGCCAGCUGUAUGAGGCCUGGAAGUCUGUGUGGGGCAUCAAGGUGACCAGCACUGAGGAGUACCCUCACCUGAGGCCGGCUCGGUACCGCCGCGGCUUCAUCCACAAUGAGAUCCAGGUGUUGCCCAGGCAGACCUGUGGGCUGUUCACCCACACGAUCUUCUAUAACGAAUACCCAGGAGGCUCCAAGGAGCUGGACAAGAGCAUCAGAGGAGGAGAGCUCUUCCUCACGGUCCUCCUAAACCCUAUCAGCAUCUUCAUGACUCACCUGUCGAACUACGGCAACGACCGCCUGGGUCUGUACACCUUCGAGUCUCUGGUGAAGUUUGUCCAGUGUUGGACCAACCUCCGGCUGCAGACGCUGCCCCCCGUGCAGCUCGCAGACAAGUACUUCCAGAUCUUCCCCGAGGAGAGGGACCCCCUCUGGCAGAACCCUUGUCACGACAAGAGACACAAAGAUAUCUGGUCCAAAGAAAAGACCUGCGACCGCCUCCCCAAGUUCCUGGUGAUUGGCCCACAGAAAACAGGCACGACAGCGCUUCAUUCAUUCCUGAGCCUCCACCCAGCGGUCACCAGCUCCUUCCCCAGCCCCACCACCUUCGAGGAGAUCCAGUUCUUCAGCGGAGCGAACUAUGACAACGGGAUUGACUGGUACAUGGACUUCUUCCCAUUCCCGUCCAAUGUCAGCACAGAUUUCAUGUUUGAAAAGAGUGCCAACUACUUUGACACGGAGGCGGCGCCGAAGAGAGCCGCCGCCCUGCUGCCCAGAGCCAAGGUCCUGGCAGUGCUCAUCAACCCGUCGGACCGGGCGUACUCCUGGUACCAGCACCAGAGGGCCCACCAGGACUCUGCAGCCCUCAACAACACCUUCCAUGCGGUGGUGACUGCGGGCCCCUCCGGUCCCAGGGACCUGCUGGCCCUCCAGAGACGCUGUCUCCACCCCGGUGCCUACGCCCCUCACCUGGAGCGCUGGCUGCAGCACUACCAGCACAGCCAGCUGCACAUCGUGGACGGGGCUCUGCUGCGGUCCAACCCGGCGCUGGUGAUGGAGGGAAUCCAGAGAUUCCUCGGUGUCACUCCCAUCUUCAACUACACCCAGGCUCUAAUGUACGAUGACGCCAAAGGUUUCUGGUGUCAGCGGGUGGAGGGAGGUCGAGCCAAGUGUCUGGGGAAGAGUAAAGGCAGGAAGUACCCGGACAUGAGCCCUGAGUCGCGUGCCUUUCUGGCCGAGCACUACCGCGCGCACAACAUGGAGCUGCUGCGCCUGCUGAACCGGCUCGGCCACGCGCUGCCGUCCUGGCUCCGCCAAGAACUCCAGAGCACCAGCUGGAGCUGAGGCCACACCCCCUCGCUCACACAGACGGACAAACACACCACAGAAGAAGUCAGGACCGGAGUCUGGAUGAGCCCCCACUUGGCUCUGGAUUAAACUGGACCAGCUGAUCUGGAAUCAGCAGUGACGGAGUGGAUGUUUCUGGGGCUCCUGUUCAACACGAGAUCUUCCUCAACACGUCGGUCACCGCUUGAAAAGGAUCCCAGACGACUCUUCCUGCAACCCCCGACCUGUUGCCGACCUCCUGCCUGCACCGGGCAGCCCCCAGCCUCAAUCAGUGUGUGUUGGGGUGGGGUGGGGGGGGGGGGGCACUGAACCUGAACCUGAACCCAUAAGCGAUCCAGAGGACUGGGUGACCAGCAGGUUUGGGGCAUGUAGAACAGAUCAGUCGCCCUCAAUGUGAGGAGAGAGAGAGCGUGCUGAUGGACACACACAUACACACACACACACACACACACACACACACACACACACACUCUCUCACUAGUCUCAUCCGUCAAGCAUUUUCAAAAGCAGCUGUCUUGUUGAAAGAGACAAUCCACACACACACACACACACACACACACACACACACACACACACACACACACACACACACACACACACACACACACACACACACGUGUCUACCUGCAGCCGUUUCCUACUCUGCUUUAUAAAGGGUUAGAUGACAGGUGGUGUAAAUAUCAUGUGUUUCGGUACGUGACUGGAGGCCAGUGUGGUCCAGGUGUGGUCCAGGUGUAGUCCAGGCUCCGCCCAUCAGCAGGUACACACUGUUCUCCACGUUGGCUAAGAUCAGUGUUUUUAAAUCUACCAUCCAUUCUGCUGGAUCUUUAGUCUUCACACUUCUGGACCAGAACAUUAAGGUUUAUUAUAACACCACGUAGUAAUGAAUAAGGCCGGGGUCCAUGGCAACAGUCGAGUGUUCCUGAUUGGCUCUGGCCCUUCUAACAGCUGCUGAGGCUCAUGGGUAAUGUAGUGUGAAGAGCUGAUGGGACAACACCGUUUCCAAGAGACUUGAGUGCCGUCAUUGGCACAGAGAACCUCCACCUUCCAUUUGUCCCGAGACAGAGGUCACCUUAACGUAGGAUCUUUGUAGGAUUGCACUUACAGUUCGAUAAGAGAUAAAAGAUUUAUUUUUGUAAUGGUCUGCUGAGAUGUUCUGAUGGUCUGGUCAAGAGCUCCAGGCUGAGGAAACAACAAUGAUGAAGCUCCUUCAGAACCACAGAGACCUCAUGGACCUGGAUCAGACUGACUGGACCUGGACUAUGGGAGCAGGUUGACCUGGUCUUGUUUCUUCAUCAAUCAGAAUGUGUUCUCACCAGUUUAAUAGUGAUGACUAGUUGGCAGCUGCACAGGGCUCCUGACGUGAUGUGGUCUCAAGGGCCCGGUCCUGGACCAGAGCCAGAGACCAGAGUCUCAAACCCACUGAGGGAGAGAAGCACCUCGGCCAGUCAGAGGACAGAGAACCAGAUGGAUAUCAGAUAUCUGCUGGGAAAGCAACACAGAAUGCUAAACACCACACACACACACACACACACACACACACACACACACACACACACUCUUGUCUCCAUCCGAGGACCGGAGGUCGGAGCCAGUAUGGAGACGAAUCAUAAGCUGCUGUCUUGUUUGUUUUGUAUAAAUGUCAAAAAGGCCAACACUGUAUCAUCUCUAAUAAACACAGAGAGGUUGGAAACCA